AUUUAAAAUAAAUAUUCACUUCAUACUGCACAAUCAACAUGAAAAUACUGUUUAUUAUAUUAUUCCUGUUGACUUUACAAAAUCGGGUAUUUCCCAUAACACCAGAAAAAUUAUUUAUUUCGGAAAGAAAUAAAACCUUUUAUAUUGAACAUGAACAUAAGUAUGACUGGUUUGAAUCUUUAGCAAAAUGUGCUCGCAUGGACAUGUAUCUGACGGCCUUUGAUUCCAAAGUUAAAUGGGAUGAUGUACUUUCGAUGAUACAAAAACAUUUUAAUAAAAAUCUUGUUUUAUGGACAAGCGGUUAUGCAGUUGGUGAUAAACGUCAAUUUAUGUGGAUGACAACGGGUGAAGAAUUUACAUUUACUAAUUGGACCACUGGAAAUCCAGAUUUUAGUGAGGAGAAGGAAUAUUGUGUACAAAUUGGUAAUGGUCCAUAUUUGGAAUGAAACGAUAAUACGUGUACUAAAAAAUUUGGUUUUAUUUGCGAGUUUAAAGAGCAGCAAAGCAAGAAUCACAGUAAUGAUAAAACAUCUAAAUAUUAUAGUUUUUAUUUUAAUUGAUAUUAGAAAGUUUUCAAUAAACUUUAUUAAAUAAAAAAAUACAUAAAUAUGUA